AUGCGCAAGUUCUCGUCCCGCGGCGAACAACACCAGCACCCGGAGCAUUCCCCGGUGUUCAAGCCUUCGCCACUGCCCUCGGACGCCCCUGUCAUCGGCUUCAAGCUCAAUCCCAUCAAGCCUCAGCCGUCCAUGGCGGGUCUGCCACCAGCUCCACCGCCUGUACUGGGCAGUUCCGAGAGCUUCCAGCACAUGAUCCGCAGUCGCCGCUCCUCGCAGGACGAAAUUCGAGCGCUAUUGGCGCGCACCACGCAGGCACUGGACAAAAUCGUGAGCAUCCGUGAGUCGAUGGAGGACUUUGUGGACUUUAAACAGUUCGAAAAGAGGCCUCAGCGCCCUUCGCGCCCGUCACGUGCUAGCUCCAGUAUCGCCGAGCUGGGGGAACACCCUACGCGAUCCACAACCACGUCCAGUUAUGGCAGUACCGAGGCUUCGUCCCUCACCGAAGACCCGUUGGGUAGAUCGACGACAUCCACCACGCAUUCGUCAUCCUCCAUCGAGGACGAAGGGGAACACGAUGUCGACAGGGACCGAGAGGAUGAGCUACGCGCGAGAAGUACCGACCCAGACGAACAACACGAACAGGACCUGGAAGACGCGGAAGACGGAGAUACGUUCGAUGAAGACCCGACCAGUAGCUCCAUUGUCAGCUCCAUCUCGACUGUGGACGAUCUCGCGCCGUUGAAAGAAGCGCGGCAGGACAGACUUAAGAGCAUCAACAUCUCGUUCCAUGAAGGAUUACCAAGGGAAUUUUUCCAGUCGCUAUGUCGCUUCCUCAACACAGCACUGGAAGUCAAGACUCGACACUCGAGAUUCAACUUUUACAAGGAAACCUUUACGGGCGGUGACGCCGUUCGAGAGAUGCUGAUCAGUGGCUUUGCGGAGGACCAUCAGACAGCGACGAGGUAUGGAAAUGUCCUUGUGAGACUUGGAUUCAUCGAGCACGUGUCUCGUACGGACGAUCAGCUGCACAACUCCAAGGACAACUUCUACAGGUUCACAAAGGUGCUGGAAUACGAUGAUCCAGCGGAAUCGUUCGCCUCGGACACAGCCACGCGGAGACGCGCGUCCAUUAACGCCAACAAUUACCGUGAAUCAGUGCUCUCGAACGAAUCCACGGACCUGGUGGACUACGACUUCGCUACUGCUACAGACGAAGUACACGCACUCGUAUCGGAGGAGGCUCUGAAUGUGCUCGCUAAGGUGCUACACAAGGUGUUCGAGCGGAAGAACAAGCUGCUGUUCUACAAGGGCUUCAUUGGCUGCUUCUUGGGCGCUGAAGCCGUGAACGUCAUCCGUGAGAUGCGCAUCGCCACUACACUCAUUGACGCCGUGCUGAUCGGACAGGCGCUUCUGGACGAAGGUCUGAUCGAGCCGAUUGCCACGACAGUCUCUACUUUCCAGGACAAGUACGUCUUCUACCGCCUCACCAAGAUACCGUCGUCGUAA